AUGCCAGACAUUAUUUUUAGAGCAAUACCAACUAUAUCGGUGAAAACAGUUACAACAUGUCUUCUAUGGUACGCCGUAUCUACAACGACAUCACAGUUGACGAAACGUAUCUUGACAGAAUUACCGUACCCUUUAUUCCUAUCGCAAUGCCAAUUCCUCGUGGGGGCAACACUCGCUUUUGCAACAAUUAUCAUCAGCCAAAACGUGCCCCACGUAAGUGAACAUUUCCCCCCUGGAAGUGUACCAGCUUACAAUACCCAGAACAGACCAGUGUUUUCACUUGCAAUGUUGUUGAAAGUUUUCCCAUUAGGGUUAUUCCAAUUUGUUGGGAAAUACUUUUCACUUUCGGCUACAUCUUUGAUACCACUAGCUACUGUGUCAAGCAUUAAAGCAUUAAGCCCACUCGUGGUUGUUUUUGGAUACAGAGUUGUUUAUAAUGUCAGCUUUCCAAUUGUAACGUAUGUGUCCUUAAUACCGUUGCUAUUUGGCGUAGUAUUGAUUAUUUUGUCUGAUUCGGUACGAAAUUCCCAUUCUGACACCAAUUCACUAAUGAGCGAAUACCAUGAGUUCAAUCAGCAGCAUUUGACGGGGGUGAUGUUGUGCUUGUUGAGUACGAUUGUGUUUGCGGCUCAAAAUAUUUAUGGAAAGCAAUUGAUAACCUGGGAUAGCACGGAUGAAAGGAUGCGGCAUCCAGUUUCGUUGGUCUUGCAUACAGACACUAGGCCAUCAACGCCGACUCCUCAAAAUGGCAUGGAUGAGAAGCAAGGGACUUCUUUAGAACGUGAUCUCCGGAAUGAUUCAUCCGCAGACCGAAACAACCUUUGCAUACCCAGCAAAACUAAUUUGGGAAGGCUUCCCUUCUCCACGUCAGAUCUUUCUUUGGAUGAAAUGAAAGAAAAUCAUUUAUCGUCGCCGCCUUUGCAACCACAGGUAAGUUCAUCUACAUUGUACACUCAAGCGGUUUUGAAUAGUAAUACCAAUGCUUAUAAUCCUUUUGCAUUUAUCGUCAACAAGUUUGAACUAAACAAGAUUGCCAAGCCUGAGAAAAUUUCGAUUAUUCUAUACAGCUCAAUCAUUGGCUCAUCUUUUUCAAUUGGUGGGUUUUUAUGCAAUGAAUUUCCGCAAAUGUAUCAACAGUUGACAUUGCAACACCUGGCAGAAAAUUUAGUCACUACAACAACCCCAGUCUUUAGUGGGGUAUUGAUUUUAAUCCUACUCGAUAGCUUGUCUCAUUUUGUACAAACAUUGCUCGCACUCCACCUACUAGGAUCCAUACCUGCGUUAUCAUAUUCAAUCGCUUCAAUGAUGAAGAGAAUAAUCUUGAUCUUGAUGAGUAUUAUACUAAUGGUGAAUAGAGAUCAAACUGCUAGUGCUGAUUCAUACAUAGGAAACAUCACAGUGGAACAGGUUAUCGGAAUCAGUCUAAUUGGAAUUGGUUUGUAUUCUUAUGAUAGAUGGGGUUCGCGAACCCUUAGACCAAAUUAA